CACAUCGAAAACAUCUCACCUUUUUCCGUUUUAAAAAUUUGGAUUUGUACUUGUCAACUACUUUGCGAUUAAAACGAAGCCGAAUUUAGCUGGCUGCUAAACUAGAAACUAUUAGAGUAGACUUGUGUGUGGUUUUAGGGCAGACAUGUCUUCACUACCUCGUGUCUUCAUGGAUAUUGAAGCUGACGGUGUAAAGCUUGGACGUAUUGUGAUGGAGCUUCGGUCAGACGUCGUUCCGAAGACUGCGGAAAACUUUAGGGCACUCUGUACCGGUGAGACCGGACAAGGAUUCAAAGGAUGCACGUUCCACCGUAUCAUUCCGAAGUUCAUGUGCCAAGGUGGAGAUUUCACAAAAAACAACGGAACAGGAGGACGAUCUAUUUAUGGCGAAACUUUUGAAGAUGAAAAUUUUAUUUUAAAACAUACAGGGCCUGGUAUACUUUCGAUGGCUAAUGCUGGUCCAAAUACCAACGGAUCCCAGUUCUUCCUUUGCACUGUGAAGACCUCGUGGUUGGAUAAUAAACAUGUCGUAUUUGGUUCAGUUGUUGAGGGCAUGGAUGUCGUGAAGAGGAUGGAGGCACUUGGCUCACAAAAUGGCGCAACGAAGCAGAAAGUUGUCAUUGCUGACUGUGGACAGCUUUAAUUAAAUUUUUGUCCCGUGCAGUUUGAAAUCAAGCUGGUAGAUAGAAGAGCUACUGGACGGUGACAUCGACUUUGAUGCCUUGCUACAAUCAUGUAUGUCCCAUGAAUCUUUUUUUAUCUCUGCAGACUAGACCUUAUAAAUAAAAUAAAUGGUUAUUAUUUUGAUUAUUCUUUCGGAAAGGAAUAUAUAGCAACUAGCACUUGUGAAAGGUAAUUAUCACAUGCCGAAAGAGCUCUUUGGAUCACUACGGGCUAUACUGUGGUGCUCAUUGGGUUUGUAAUAUUGUGCUUACGAAGCGAUAUGACUACGCUUCACACCUGUGACUUUCAGCUGUUUUAGCUGAGAUUUUAAAAGCGAAACGACACUGCGUACGGUCAAAUAUUCGGAUGAUACAUUACAACGUACCACCACGAAGUAUUCCUACCCCCUAAAAGGAGGUGAAAUGCCGUCAUAAAACUUUUGUGUUAUGACGGCGUCUGAUUAAUCCCGUACGGCGGGAAUUACAACAGAGGGCAAUAGUACGUAUCAUAAAAUAAAAUUGUCCGCUGAGGCGAAGAGUCACGAGGAACCCAUAAGCGCGCAGACGAACCUAGAUUUAAUUUUUAAUUUUUAGAUAGAAUUUUUAAG